UAUUACAAGUUACUUAAUUUGAAAUCAAUUUCCUAAACAUCUUGCUAACUGCCUCACCCUCUUCAUAUUCAAUUCAAUGUCAAGGAAAAUAGAUAUUGUUCUUCGUUUACUUUUUCUUUGUGUUCAUGUGAUAGUAGCUUUUGUUGCAAGCUCAGAAUCAGAUUGGCUAAACCAUGGUGGAGAUUUGUUCAAUAGAAGAUAUGCCAAGAAAGAGUAUAAGAUAAGCCCCAAAACAGCACCAAACCUAAGAUUAAAAUGGAAAUUCAAUGCAGGCAAAGAUAUUACAGCAACACCAGCAAUUUAUAAUGGAACACUUUAUUUUCCAAGUUGGAAUGGUAACAUUUAUGCAAUUAAACAAAUUGAUGGGUCACUUAUUUGGAAGCAAAACUUAAAGAAAUUAACAGGCUUAAAUGCAACUGGGUAUAUUAUUAAUGCAAAUUGGACGGUGGCAAGAGCAACUCCAACUGUGGCUGGAGAUUUAUUGAUAAUUGGAAUUUAUGGGCCUGCUGUUGUUAUUGGGCUUAAAAGAACAACUGGUGAGCUUGUGUGGUUGGCCCAUUUGGAUAAUCAUCCUGCAGCUGUUGUUACUAUGUCUGGAACUUAUUACAAUGGGGGUUACUAUGUAGGAACAUCUUCACUAGAAGAAGGAGCAACCAUUGAACAAUGUUGCAUAUUUCGUGGAAGCUUCAUAAAACUUGAUGCCAAAAGUGGUGUGAUCUUAUGGAAGACCUAUAUGUUGCCAAAUAACAAUGGAAAGAAAGGAGAAUAUGCAGGAGCUGCUAUUUGGGGAAGUAGUCCUUCCAUUGAUGUUUAUAGAAAUCAUAUCUAUAUUGCCACUGGAAAUUUAUAUUCUGCCCCAUUAAACAUACUUCAAUGUCAAGAAAGACAAAAUAAUGAAACUACUCCUAUUAAACAAGACAAAUGUGUUGAACAAGAAAACCACUCCAAUUCAAUCUUAGCCCUUGAUUUGGAUUAUGGUAAUAUCAAAUGGUAUCGCCAAUUAGGAGGAUAUGAUGUAUGGUUUGUUGCAUGUUCCUUAAAUGCUUCAAAUCCUAAUUGUCCACCUCAAGGUCCAACACCAGAUGCUGAUUUUGGAGAGGCACCAAUGAUGUUAACUACAUGUGUAAAUGGUACUAAGAAAGAUAUGGUUGUUGCUGUCCAAAAAAGUGGCUAUGCAUGGGCAUUGAAUCGUGACACUGGCAACCUUCUAUGGUUUAUGGAAGUUGGACCUGGUGGAACUGUGGGUGGUGGAACAUGGGGUGCAUCAACCGAUGAAAAAAAAAUUUAUACCAAUAUAGCAAAUUCAGAAGCCAAAAAUUUCAAUCUUGCACCAUCAAAUAUGAGUACAACCUUUGGAGGUUGGGUAGCAAUGGAUGCCAAGAAUGGAAAAAUAAUAUGGUCCAUAGCUAAUCCUAGCAAUAGUUCUUCUAAUGGCCCUGUUAGUGUUGCAAAUGAAGUUGUUUUUGCUGGAUCAACAAAUAAAGUUGGAAAUGUAUAUGCAAUCAAUGCUAGAAAUGGAGGAAUUUUAUGGUCCUAUGAGACUGGAGCUAGUGUCUAUGGUGGCAUGUCUAUUAGCAAUGGUUGCAUGUAUGUUGGCCAUGGAUAUAACGUUUCUUUGGGAUUUUAUUCUAACUUUACAAGUGGAACCUCGCUCUUUGCCUUUUGUGUUUGAAGAAUUUAUGUAUUUCUUUUGAUCUCAAAUAUAAACAAAAGUAAGUCAAUAAAGAGAGGAACUGUGGAUCUCAAAUAUAAAUAAAAGUAAGUCAAUAAGGAGAAGAACUUAUGUUGGGAAAAAAAAUCUUAUUGAGCUAUAGUUUGGGCUACUAUAUGUCACUUUAUUCUAGCUUUGGAGGAAUAAACAUUUGCAACAUGAGACUUUUAUGUAAUCUUCUUUUUUGAA